CAAGAGUCUUAAAAAACUAGAAAACCGGUCGAAUUUCGACAGUAACUGGCACUCCUAAUAAACUAUAAAUAUUCUAACAAGUCCUGAACUAAUGCAAUCACUAAUCAUUCGACCACCUAAAAUUAUGCUAUACAGGUGUUGUGGAUAUUUUAUAGUUAAUACUUAAGUACCUUACCACAGCCACAAAUCAUUCGAAAAAAAAUUAGUUGGAAAUCAACUAAGUUAAUCACGAGCACUUUUACUACCCAGUAGAUAAUAUCAGUAGCUAAAAUCCCUUCCGGAAGUCUAUUCUGAGAGUCAUUCUGCAUUACUUUCACCUUUCUUUUUUGUUUGGAGUGGCACAAACUGAAGGGCUUUUGCCAAAAAGUUCGUUUAAGCAUUUUAACCCUCCAAAAUUAAUUUGUUCAGUAUUUUCAAAAAAUAGGCAACAACAACUCUUGUGAGAAAGUGAAUGGCUUAAAAUUGUUAAAAAAAAAACAACUUCAUGAAAUUUCCUCCCAUAUCUCCGAACCAGGGGUUUCGCUCAAAUUUAUUUUUACCAUUUUUCACGCUUCUUCGAAAACGACUCCGGAAUAUAUUUAAAAAAUUGGUUAAGUCAUAAAAAGAAACUUUUAAGUAUACAAAAGCUUUUGAGGUUGAGUUGGGAUGACUAUUUCUCCAAAAUGACAGUUUCACUGUGGUAUUACAAGCUAAGUAGUGUUUGCCACUCAUUUUGAGGCAAUCUUGAGUCUUAACGCCCAAAUAUACACAGGUUCCCUUACGUCAGGCCAUAGCUAUCAUUUCAAACUAUUUUUAGUACCUGAAAUUGCUUAAAUUAAUAUGCAACACACUGUGCUGCAAAGUACUUGAAACCGAAUUAAAAAAAAAAAUAAACAUUUGAAAAUUGAAAAUUACCCGUACAACUAAACUUAAAAGCGGAUAGUUGGCACUUGUUAUUUUAUCUGCAAAGCUUGCAUAGAAAUAUUGAGAAUAUUCUAUAAGCACCCCACAUGCACAUGGAUAGCAUGGACAAGAGUAUGAAACGCGAAAUCCAGCUGCAAAUGUAGAUAGGUGCAAAAGUGUAGACAAAAAAAAAAAUUACACUACACCCCUACUAAAUUGUUUGUAAAUUUAAGCAGCAACAUGCUGCGCAGCAUUACGAGACCCUACCAUCAUCUCUCGGUCACAUGCAGCAGCUAGCGCAUCAUUCACAUUAUUUUUUCUUCUUUUUUUUUGUUUUUUUGGGUUGAGACUUGAAAGGCUUAAUUCAUUGCAAAUGCAAAAUAUUUUAUGCGCUUAGUCGUAUUUAUUUGGUUGGAGCGUACAGAAAGCGUUACAAGGCGGCAGCGAUCGAAACGGGCGAGCGUACAGCGCGUUAAAGUGUUAGCACACUCGAGCCGAGCCGAAGCGUGCACCCAGCCGUAUAGAAAUUCAAACAAAACAUUAAAAAUUGAAUUAAAUUUGCAAGAAAAUUUAGCACGGACUUUGAAUACUUUGUAUUGAUAGUAGUUCAAGAAUUUUCAGCUAAACAAGUGCGAAGAAAUUAAAAAAAUAUAUAAAAUAUAUAUAUAUAAAUAUCACUUCCACUUUUAAUCAAUUGCUACAAAAUAAUGAAUGUUAAAUUGCUCGUGAUUUGUCUGGGUGUGCUAAUGUUGAGCUGUCAAGUGUGUGAUGGCCGACGUGGACGUGGCCGAGGACGCACCAAAUCGAGAGUACAAAUUGGUUUACCCAUAACAGGCAAAUACCGUGAUCCUGAAUCGGAUCAGUAUUACAAUAAUAACAAUGGCGCUAAAAUUCUACAAGCCUCACAUUUCGAUUAUGAAUACGUUUUGGGUCAUAAAAUCGCUUUUCUUUGUGUGGCUAAAGGUAAUCCGCGUCCACACAUCACUUGGUAUAAGGAUGGCACGGAGAUUUUUCAACAUCUCUACAUGCAUGUGCACGAGUGGCGCAUUGGUGAUGAUAGAGUGAAAUCGAAAAUCGAAAUCGAUCCAGCCACACAAAUGGAUGCCGGGCUCUAUGAAUGCACCGCCGAUAAUAUGUACUCGAUAGAUCGGCGCAGCUUUAAGACAGAUUUCUCGAUUGCUUUCGAUUAAGUUAGGAGUAUUUACAUUUUUAUAAGCCUAUACAAUUUUUCAUACUCAGUUAUGUAGCAUAUUUAAGAAAAAUAAGAGUACUAAAAUAAAAUAUCAAAUCGAGGGCUGAUAUUCAAUCACC